UCGAUAGAGGAGUACUAAAAUACUUAUCUACCAAUGUAGGGUCGACUGAAUGUAAAAAAAGGAAGAUGAAAUUGCUGAAAAUUACAGGGUUUCUUCUUAUUUUAAAUUCACAUAUUUGCCAAUCUAAAGCAGGUGAAAGUCCCUUUGAACAUGGGAAAAAGUUACCUGUGGUACCUUUUAUGGUGUUAGACAACUUCGGGAUGAAGAUGUGUCUCAAAGAAUGUGAAGCAAUUUCUUUGUGCUAUUCCAUAAACUUUUAUCGUAAACUUUUGAAAUGUGAAUUAAACAGCGUUGGACAGAACGAAUCCCUUUCCUUGAUCACCGACCAAGAUUAUGUUUAUUCUGAGAUAUUUCACCCGAAAAACAGAACGUGUGGAACUGCUGUGACCUGUAAUCUACAAUCCAAGUGUAUCCGCACAACGUUCGAUCAGUUUGUGUGUAUGCCUAUCUUUUGUGUUGACCCUGUACCAGAAAUUCCAAAUGCAUACAUCGCUCAAAAGACGUUCUCCCCACCAUCAGUGACAUACGGCUGUAGUUCUGGAUACACCGGAGUAGGAAACAACACUUCCAUCUGUGUGCCUGGCAAGAUGUGGAAAACACCAGUCUAUAGCUGUGUACCAGAUGAUUUUGCAAAAGAUUGCGUUUAUGGAGGAAUACACAGCUUCGGUGGGAAAAUGUACUGUUUUGUUGAGCAUUACAUCACCUGGACAGCGGCAAAGGACUAUUGUCAUGGACAUACUUGGCAUUUGGUGGAAAUAGAAAGUGCUGAGGAGCAAAGUCGGAUAAUUUCACUAAGUAAAAUUCCAGAUUAUGGAGUCUAUUGGAUUGGUUUGGCAGAUCAGGAAAAUGAAGGAACGUGGCUCUGGUCUCACUCGCGAAGUGCCCCUCAAAAUCCACUGUGGAAUCCUGGACAACCGAACGGGGGAACCAUUGAAAAUUGUGUGGUGUUGACUUACAAUGGUUGGAGUGACCUUACAUGCUCUGACAAGUAUAUCCCUAUCUGUGAAAAAGUAAUACACAACUAAGGUCAUGAAGAAAAGAGGGUGUUUGACUCACAAUUCAGAUACUUUACACCAUUAAUUUUGGUGUGCAUAAAUGCAAGACUGUAAGCAAUUUUAUGCAAAGAAAGUGAGCGCACAAGAUUGUAAGUUUGCAGGAAUCCUCGACACGAAUCAAUUGGGAUUUAAAAGUCUAUAACCCUGAAAGGCUAUGUACAGGUUUCAACAAAAAUAUAUUAUGUUGAGAGUCGAAGUACAUGGCUAUUCCGGUUAUUAAAGAUCUCACAAAGCUUUCAAAAAUGGCAAUGAGAGGUAAACCGAUAACUAGUUGGAAAUGUUAAUGCAAACAUAUUUUAAUGAACUUAUAUUGUGUAUAUCCUAAAAAACUAGUAAUAAGAAAAAAUUGUUUUAAUAGUGUUCAUACAGCAGAUCUAGAAAUCAAAAACAACAAAUUAAAAUAUACCGGUAUAUUAUAAUUUAACAUCAUGUUAUAAUAACAAACAUUUAAAACAACUCUGAAUGUCUGUAUUCACUAAUCCAGGACGAAACCACUGAGCCAUGCGAGACUUGUCAAUAUACAUGAUAUAUGCUCUAUAAAGUACUCUUUGAAACAACACUGUCAUAUCAAUGGACUUAGUUUUUUAUCCUUCAAAAAAUAAAUUGAAAAAGUACAAAAUUAGUCAUCUCUGGGUCAUAUCUCCAUCUUUUGUUAAAAAGCGACAUUUUUAAUGUUGAAAUAUGUUAUCUUUACACGUUUCAAAUUUGUGGAGAGAAGACCCAGAGACAACAAAAUCAUUGAAAAACAGCUGUAAAUAAGUAGGAUUUUGCAUGAAUUGCAUCGUGUUGCUAUAUUUAGACCAAUAUUAUAAUGAAACCUUUUGCAUUUCAAAUAUUUUUCCACUCAUUUCACUUCCAACUGAAACCAAAUAACGGUUAUAAUUCGAAAAAUAUUCAAAAUUAAUUGAUAAAAUGUUCACUCUCCUUAUGUGCCCAGAUUCCUGCCGAAUCUACAUCUUAAGCUCCCACAUUCUUUGGUUAUCUUGAUAAAGCAUCCCUAUUCAGGUAUUUUAAAACAUUCAGACCUUUAAACAAUAACAGUUUAGCAUGCUUUUGCCUUCUAGAUACGUCUUACAUCCUCUUGUUUGUGUUCUUUUAUUUCAAAUCAUAUACAGUGUAUUCAAACCUCUACCAAACUCUUAUGACUAUUUUUUAUUUAAAUGUUUCAUGGCUUGGAAUUUUGUUUAUGCUAACAGUUUUUAACAUUUCUGUUUUUUUAAACAUUGACCUUAACUUCGACCACUGACAGAUAAACUGAUAACUUAAUAUCAAGACCAUUAAUUCCAGGGUGUUGGUAGCAAAUUUGAAACGCAUUAGUGAAAUAGAUUAGUUUAGAAUGUGCUUGUAAAUAAAUGUUACAUUGCAAGAUUUUUGGGCAAGUGAAAUUUAAAAAAAAAGAUGGCAAAGAAUAUACAUGUAAAGUUGCUCUUGAAGUUAAACAUAUUCAAUGAAUAUGUAUUGAAAGUGAUUUAAUUAUCUAAUAGCAAAAUAUUACAUAUACAUAUAUGUGCAUGCAUGCCCCUUAGAGUUGUGAAAUAAAGUUACCCCAAUCAGCAACAGUUACCGAUGAAAAAAGGGUAGAUAAUGAUCAGUGAGUGGCAGAUGUAUAUAAUGUGUCGAUCAAUUCUCUAUAUCCUCCAUAGAAAUAAAACACCUUUUUGUGGAACAACUUUGAUUCCAAUGACAUAAUGAAAAUAUAGCCUGUUAAUAGUAAAUAAUGGUAUUAUGCACUUGCAAUUAAAGGCGAAUCACGUUUUAAUUGUGCUUUGAUAGCCUUGCAUUACCUAUGGUUUACCAAUUGUUGUUUACACUUAAUUGGUAGUUUGUUGCAUGUUUGUUGUUUGAAUUUUUCCACAGAAAUUACAACGUACAUGAUUAAAAUGAGAACUAUGUCAUAUUUCAAACUGUAUCUUAAUCACAGGAUGAAGCUCUGCCAUUCAGUCAACUGAAUGUUAACUGAAUGGUCUGGAAAGGUAACUGAAUGGCAUAGCUAUGCCAUUCAGUCACCUUUCAGUCACUUUUUAGUUGACUGAAUGGCAGAGGUUCAUCCUGUGAAUAAUGUUUGGUUUCUAUACACCAUUUUAUAUUUACCAUAUGUACAUGGAAAAACACUCCAUUAAAUUGAUUGUAUUAUAUGUUGUCGAUUGUAAAUGAGUUAAUUUUUGGAAAACAAUUUCUUUAUUUUGCCUUCAUAUGUUUUAGUGUACCUUUCUUCGUAGUUUUCUGGAUGUUCUUUAUAUUAAUUUUUCAAAUAAAGCUGUUUCAUAUUUGAUAAAUAAAUUUUUAUGAACAUCAUCUCUCAUAUUUUACUUUUAUAUUGUCGUAGAAAGUAUCAAAAUAUGAAUUGAUCCACUGGACCGAUUUUCCCUUUCGGUAAUAUUCAAUAAAAAAUGACAAUAGCAAA